AUGGCGACGAACUCGAUCAAGCUCCUGACUGGCAACAGUCACCCCGACUUGGCCAAGGCAGUGGCCGCCCGGCUGGGGAUUGAACUCACAAAGAUCAUGGUCUUGCAGUACUCCAACCAAGAGACAAGCGUGACUAUUGGUGAAUCCGUCAGAGACGAAGAUGUCUUUAUCCUCCAAUCCACACGACCGAACGAUAUCAACGACGGCCUCAUGGAACUCCUCAUCAUCUGCAAUGCCUGCAAGACAGCCUCGGCUCGACGGGUCACGGCCAUCCUGCCCAACUUUCCUUACGCACGUCAAGACAAGAAAGAUAAAUCUAGAGCGCCCAUCACGGCCAAGCUAAUGGCGAACAUGCUACAAACAGCUGGUUGCAACCAUAUCAUUACCAUGGACCUGCAUGCGUCGCAGAUUCAAGGCUUUUUCAAUGUGCCAGUCGAUAAUCUCUACGCUGAGCCCAACUCUGUGAAAUGGGUGCGGGAAAACCUCAUGCACUCGACAGAGACGAAUUCAGAGGUGAACGGGCCGAGACAAGAAUGCGUCAUUGUCAGUCCCGAUGCUGGCGGUGCAAAGAGAGCAACAUCUAUUGCCGACAAACUGGAUCUCCCUUUCGCUCUGAUUCACAAAGAACGCUCGCGGCCCAAUGAAGUCAGCCGCAUGACCCUUGUCGGAAAUGUCGAAGGCAAGGUCGCUAUCCUGGUCGAUGAUAUGGCCGACACUUGCGGGACCCUCGCCAAAGCCGCCGACACUCUCAUUAAGCAUGGAGCCAAGGACGUGGUUGCGCUUGUUACCCACGGAAUCUUGUCAGGAAAAGCGGUAGAGAUCCUGAAAGGGUCUGCACUGUCAAGGCUGGUGAUCACAAAUACAGUUCCGAUCUCGGAAGAGAAGGUCGAGGCCUUGAGGGUCGAAGAAGGGCAGAAGGGUUGCAGACUCGAGUUCAUUGAUAUUGCCCCUGUGUUGGCGGAAGCGAUCCGAAGAACACACAAUGGCGAAAGCGUCAGUUACUUGUUUAACCAUCCAGUGGCAUAG